UAAACACAACACAGUCGUACUCUUACCAGUGCAUGUGAAACGUUAAACUGUUUCAUUCAAGAUUAAACGAAAGAACUGGCGUUGUCUUCGAAAUUUUGUUAUGAUCAUCAAGACCAGAAUCUUCAGACCCAAACAAGAAGUUUCUUUGGUGAGAUGGAGAUUGCCUACCGUUACCAGUCUGUAAGGAUGAGAUGAUACAUGGAGAAGUAGGAUGGCAUGGUCCAUCGUAGAUCUUCUAGCCACUCGCUGCACCAGACAUCUCAAUGGUCGACAGCGGCUGAAGUGGUUGGUGCUUUAUUCCGCAGUCUUCUGUCUCCUUUGCCUGUCCUUCUUGAACCACAAGUUCUCUGGUUACUUCGGAGACCACAAGAUCAGAGAUGAGUCCAAGGACACUGCCCAGCUCAUCAUGCGACGCGACAAUGGUGAAGAGUCGCGCGAUCUACCGCUCCUCCGUGCCAACGACUUUAUAUUCAAAGGACAAAAUGCUUCCAGUCGUAUGGAAAGCCAAAGAACCCACACUGACGAUAUCCGCAAGGACAAAGUGCCUCUUGCUAACAAUGGUGCCAAAGACGAAGCUGAGAGGACAGAGAAAGAAUCGGCUGCCAUUGGGAAAACAAAACUUGGAAUACCUGCCAAAGGAUCACAUCUUAAAUUUCAGAAAGGAAAUUCAAAUGAAAGGACAGGAGAAAGUGUGGCACAGGAAAACGCUGUCCUCAAAACUGAUGAGAAAGAAAAAGAGAGAUUUAUUUUUAGACCCAAACCAUUUACUGUACAGUACUACCAUAGUGUUAUAGAUAGUGAGCCUUUUACAGAUAGAUACAACACAUGUGCAAUAGUUUCUAGUUCCGGUCAGCUCCUGGGCAAAAAUUCUGGACCUGAAAUAGAUAGUGCUGACGCCGUCAUUCGGAUGAACGCCGCCCCCGUUAAGGGCUUCGAGAACGACGUCGGGACCCGAACGACGAUCCGUGUGGCGUGCUUCAUUUCAUCUAACCACCUGACUUCGCAGGCGGAGUCCAUUUUGCGAGGGGUCGGGGCACCGGAGACCGUCUUGUUCUGGGGUCUUGAAGCGCCCAGGAGUAAGAGCAAAGCUCAGUCAGUGCCUAAAGUUACCAGUUUGCAGAGGAAGUUUAUGAAUAUACGCUUCUAUUCCCAUCGGAACGAGGGGGAGCUGUCAGCCAACAGACUCUUUGAAAGGGAGACGGGAGCUAGCAGGAUGGAUACAAACAGCUGGUUAUCAACAGGCUGGUUCACGAUCAUGACUGCUCUAGAUAUCUGUGGGGAAGUCAAGGUGUACGGCAUGGUGCCUGAUGAUCACUGUGUACAUUUUGAGAAUGAAAAAGUGAAGUACCACUACUACCAAUCCGGGUCCAACCCCACCGAAUGCACCUACUACAAGGUGCAUGAAGCCACGCCCAAGGGGGGCCACCGCUUCAUGACCGAGAAGGCCAUCUUUGCCCGCUGGGCCCAGACCUACAACCUCACAUUCCAUCACCCCACCUGGAACCGGAGCUACGACCAGGCCUCCAAGAGUCUCGAUACCCCCUUCUCCAAGCUCUUCCACUUGAAAGGAAUAAAGUAUUUCCAAAGAGGAGGGCGUUCCAGAGAGGCUAGAGAUAAAGCUAGGAAACAGGAAAUGGACACAACAUCCAUCGUUAUGUGUCUGGCCGUCAUCCUGGGCCUGCCGACGCUCUUCAUCGUAUGCGGCGUCUGCAUGUCGCAGCUUGACGAUGGAGAUAUGGAGUUCCCACAGUACCGUCGUCCCCGUCGAGCCCGCCGCUCUCGCCACAACUAAAGCACCGCUACCAUCGUCCAAAGCACCACACAUACCAGCAACAAGUGUCACAACCACAUCUGCCACUGCUGGCAACAAAUACCUCCACUGCAAAUUGUGUACUAGUUUGUUGUCUGUGCUGUUUUGGACUGGUUCAUGCUUUUACAUGCUGCCAGGAUGAACCAUUGUCCUGCCCAUCACUGGGAAAAUUCCUGUACAACUCUAAAGACGACAUGGACCUACUUCUUCAGAGACUCUUUGUGAUCUAUCCAUCUCUUCACCAGUGUCCUGUAUUUUACCAGGUUCUUCUGACAGAUCCAGAAAAGUUUGCUUUUAUUCCGACCUUUUGAAGCUCAUCCGUACUAGUGAGCAGGAGGGAUUAGACCACACUGCUAGGUCACUGGACAGGUGGCUAUCCCAUCAACUCGGGGAGGAUCAUGGGGAACCAGUGGUCACCGAUUAGGCGUUGUUAACUAUAUAGAGGGCACAAGUAGCUAUAAGUAGUACAGUGGGGCUUUAAUGGCUAGCUAGUCCAGUGCAGGACUUGCUUUACUGAACCUGCUGCCACGCUGAAACUGGUGCCCUGUUCUAUCAAGGUGUUGCUUGCUGCAGAUCCAGAGGACUUGGACCGUCUUCUUUAGAGACUAAGUGAUCUAGACAUCUCUUCACCUAUGCCUAUGUGAGGGGUCGAGAGAGGUUGGUUUUUACUGGGGCGUCUAGAUCUUCUGCCAGACUGAUCUGUCAACAGCUAUCCUGCAUUCUCCCAGGGUCCUGAAACCAAUGUACAUUUACCAUUGUUAAACUGUAUAGAAAACUGCACCCUCACUGAUGUGCCAACCAGUACUAGAUAUUCUACAAGGGUUUUGUAACAGACUAGAAAAAUUAUGAGAUUGCACAUUGAAUAUGUACUUGUAUAGACUUCAAACAACAUGAUUUAACAUGAAAUCAAACUAAAAUCAGGGUUUAGAGGCCCAUAUAAACCCUGGCUUCUCCAAAACUUUAUUGCUCCAGGAGUGUUCUACCUGGAUCCAUGUGCCAAACUCGCUGCUUAAUUUCACCCCAGGCCAUCUACAAUGCCCUCUUUAUUUGAUGAGCUUAAUUCCAAAAGGAGCUAAAUCCACUUUUGAUGAAAAUUGAGUUAUUGAUAUCAGAACAUUGUUCACCUAAGUACCGUCUUUCAACAAAAUUAUUUACUUAAAUUAUGGGAGCGAGUAUGAAAAAAUGUACCUUCUAAUAUCACUUUUCCAUAGAGGCCUGUACAAAAUUUGGUAAACAAUUUCUUUUUUCAAAACUCUUCAUAUUUUGAUGGUGUAAAAAACUGGAAUGAUAUCACAUUGUCAUUUAAUGAUUGCACAUUUGUAUAUUGAGAGUAUUUGACUUGUUUGAUCACGAGUCCUGGUGAUACUCCCCACCAACAAGCCAAGCUCAAAAAUCUAAACCUACGGAAAGAUAAAACAAAUCUUUCCUUUUGUUAUUCCUCCUUUCCUCCUUUUUUGUUUCUUUUUUAAGAAUAAUCUAAACAAGCCUAACGACCUGGUGGUGUACCUGCCUCCUGUCCCCAUCUCCUUCUUCCUGCCUUUCUGCCUUUCUCUCGCUCUCUAUUUCUCUCUUGCUCUCUCCCCUUUCUCUCUCUCUCUCUCUCUCUCUGUUACUAUAUUUAUCUUACUUUUAUUUUUACUUUUACUUUUUCUUUUUUUUUUGUAUUCCCUUUUAGUGUGUUUUACUGGUAUUAGCUUUCGACCAUAAUUAUUUAAGCGUAUCCAUGUAACUAAGUCAGGGGCUUGCCUCAUACAAGCUCUGCUUUUUUAGCAAGCCCCUCCGUUUUGAAUUACUUCAUCAAGAUCAUUUUU